UUUUGACAGUUUGACGUCUAAAAGAGGUUGUUUGCUAAUAUUUGCGUCUAAUUCUAAACUAUUAUAUUUAUGGCAAAGAGCCAAACCGUACCCGCUAUUUAAUUUUGGAAAUAACGUAUUAUGUUCGCGUUUACUUAAUCUAACGCAUUAAAAUUACGCAUUCGUUAAGUAAUAAAAAAAGUGAGAAAAGAAAGUUAAAAAUGAGCGCACCACCACCACCAUGCGACUGGCAGACCACCAGGCGCGAAGUGAAAGAAAGGGGUAGUUAUCUUCUCGAGACGGGCGUUUGGAGCGAUUGCCGCUUCAUUGUUGGUACAGAGCCUAACCAGCAGGUCCUGGAGGGUCAUAAAUUGUUCUUGGCGAUGGCCAGUCCAGUUUUUGAGGCAAUGUUUUAUGGGGGAAUGGCCGAAAAGGAUCCCAUCGCGAUCUUAGACGUUCAACCAGACGCUUUUAAAGCAUUACUGGAAUACAUUUACACCGAUAAGAUUAAUUUAACCUCGUUCGAUCAAGCUUGCGAGUUAUGUUAUGGGGCGAAAAAAUACAUGUUGCCACAUCUUGUCGAGGAAUGUACCAAGUACUUAUGGUCCGAUUUGUUCCCUAAGAAUGCUUGUAGAGCGUACGAGUUUGCCAAGUUGUUUGAGGAGCCCGUUUUAAUGGAUAAAUGUUUACAGAUCAUCAGAAAUCAAACGCAAGAAGUGUUAAGCGAGAGUAGUUUUGACGACGCCGAGAUCAGCACCAUCAUAACGAUUUUCGAACAAGAAAUUUUAAAUAUCACCUCCGAAUUGGACCUUUUCAACGCCCUAACAAGAUAUGCGGCUCGUCAUAAUCAUAGUACAGGUGCGAAAGUACCUAGACUAGAAGGAAAUUCCUCAAUAGAUGGAGCUGUCCCUAGAUACCCGACGAUCCGAGAUGCUUUAGUUAAAAUUCGCUUCUUAACUUUAAGCCCACAGCAAUUUGCCGAAGGCCCGGCCGCCUCCAACUUAUUAACCCAACAAGAAAAAUUCUCCAUUUUGAUGAACAUUUCCUCUCCAAGUACAGCUGUUCAAAUGCCGGAUGGAUUUUCAGGCGCAGCUUCAAGAAGGCGCAGAAAUAGCGGAUCAUCAAACAAUGAAAUUCUUUUUAAGCAAGGAUAUUUAAUGGAUACAUCAAGGACAUCAAUGAUAUCAUUUCCAAAUCAACCGGGGAGUUCGUCAAUGUCGGGAAUGAACGGAAACGGCGAGCCAAUGCCUAAACAAUACUGCAAUCGGCAACUUUUAAGAAUCACUGAGUGCAUGAAUACGAGCGUUUUAGAUUGCGCCGUUACGUUUACUUGUGAUAAAAAUAUUUGUGUGCAUGGAAUUCAAGUACCAUCUCAAAUUUUGGUCGACGUUGAAGAUCGACAACAACAGUCGAUAAGUAAUAGUACAUAUUCCGAGUUGUUGUAUGCUCAUUUAUUGGAUGCGGAUGGAAGUCGCUUAACUUACACUCAUUUUACAAGCCGAGUUAAAUACCGAUCGUUAAUUGAUAUAUCGUUUAAUAGACCGUUUUAUAUACAAAAAGCUAAGGUAUAUAAAGUUGGUGUUGUUUUAAAUAAAAUUGGUUGGUAUCCAAUUGGUACCUACACAGAAAUGUCAUCAUCGAACGGGAUGAUUUUUACAUUCGGAAAUGGGCAGUUGGGGGAUUCUGUGAGGGAUGGAUUGAUUCGGUCGAUUAUUUACUCCAUUCCACCAGCGAAUCAGAGCACUACAACAAGCUCUGUGCCUGGUAAUCGAGAUGGAAGCCUUUAAUGAUCUAAUUUUUUUAUUUUCUUCUUCUAUGGUGAGAUGACAACUUAAAUGAUUACAUAAUCAAGAGAACUUUUUUAAAUAUGUUUUUUUUCUUUAUAAUUAAAGGUAAUUUAUGUUUAUUUUAGAUU